AGAAAUGACGGAAUCGACCAUAACUAAACUUAUUUGUGCUAACCAUGGAUCAAUGAACGUCGAUGAAUUAGAUGCGAAUUUUUACAGUGACUUGCCCGUCUCGGUGCGGGAUGUAAUUACGAAUCAAGCUAAAUUUUGUUUUGUUGAUUUUGACGGAGAGCAAAGGGUGUUAGCCAGGACAGGAGUUCGACUGUGCAGAUCCAGCGAUUGCCAGGGAUGCCGAAAUUUACAUUUUUGUAAACGAUUCCUGCUUGGAGAUUGCCCGUUCAGUCGGAGAAGAGGAGGAUGUCGCUUCAACCAUGACCUGACUUCGGGGGACAACAGCAGAGUCCUGAAAGAACACGGACUGGAGGAACUGAACAGAUCUGAGCUGUGCACCCUGCUGCUUCAGAAUGAUGGCUUCUUCUUACCACCAGUGUGCCACAACUACAACAACGGUGUUGGAGAGUAUGGCAAAUGCCAGGAUGGCGAGACAUGCAAGAGGCUCCACAUCUGUGAGAUGUAUCUCAGGGGUAGCUGCAACUGUCCCAGGUGCCAUGAUUUCUACGAACCCCACCCAUUAAAAAUCCUGCAGGACAGAGGGGUGCCCAACGAGCUCAUUGCCUCCCUGAAGUCUGUGUACAUGAACAUGGAGUGGUUGCAAAAGCAAGACCGUGCCAAGCAAGGCAAGGGGCAACAUCAAAGAGAUAAAUCUGAAAUAUGUAUGUACUUCAUCAAGGGCAGUUGCAUACACGGUGAUAAGUGCUUUAAAGCCCACUCUACCAUGCCCUACCAAUGGGAGGUGAGGGAGGGACUAAACUGGACAGCUCUACAAGACAACGAGGGGAUUGAGAAGGACUAUUGCGACCCAGCAAAGACAUACAGUCGUGGAGUCCAGCCUGUGUGUUUCGAUACGAUGACCUGCGGCCUGAACAAAGCCCGGCGUCUCUCCACCGUCUCCUCUGUGCUACAGCCUAUAUUCAUCCUCACCACAGAGUGGGCCUGGUUCUGGGAGGAUGAGUUUGGAAACUGGAUCCAGUACGCAUCAGCAAUCAGUGGACACAGGGCAGCCACCAUCACCAGUGAAGACCUGGAGAAGAGGUUCCAGGAAGACAACAAGGCUGUGAUGGAGUUCACCGCGGGGUCACAGACCUAUGAACUCAGUUUCCCAGACAUGAUUCAAACAAACAAGCAGUACAGCACCAAGAAGGUUGUGAGAAGACGGCCUGUGUUCGUCUCUUCAGCUGAUGCACAAACUAUCAAAACCAGCAAAAGGGCUCCGAUCAAUCACUCAAAUUUCAGAGCUUUACCAGGACACUGGGACAAGGCACAAACUCCUGAAACAGGAUACAAGAGAGUCGACCUUCCGUGCUUGUCAGUGGAGUUUAAGGAGAUUCAAGGGUUUUUUCAGAAGACCAUGAGAGGCUUCAGCAUCCGCCAAAUCGAGAGGAUUCAGAACAAAGCCCUUUGGGAAGUCUUUCAGUGGCAAAGGGAUCUCAUGAAGAAGAACAACAGACGGAGGAAUGUGACAGAGAAACAGCUUUUCCAUGGCACAGACUCCAAAUACCUCCAUGCCAUCUGCCUUAACAACUUUGACUGGCGGAUCUGUGGACUAAACGGAACAGCCUAUGGGAAAGGGAGUUACUUUGCCAGGGAUGCCAAAUACUCCAACAGCUACACUGGCCAAUCAAAUAUGAGGUCCAUGUUUGUCUGUCGUGUGUUGGUGGGAGAUUACACCGAAGGGCACUCCCACUACCUCCGGCCCCCCUCGAAGGACGGAGGGGACACCAUCUUCUACGACAGCUGUGUGGAUGACGUCAGCAACCCCUCCAUCUUUGUGGUGUUUGAGAAGCACCAGGUGUACCCAGAGUACCUCAUCCAUUAUGGUGAUGACGACGCAUGGUCGCAAGACUACCAGCAAUACUACCGUCCAGCUCCUGUACCUGUACCUGCUCCAACACCUAGACCAGCACCAAAAUACAGACCAGCACCAACCCCUGCACCUAAAUCUGACAACUCAUGUGUCAUUAGUUGAGGCUGACUGUGAGGUGUGAACUGUGAACCCUUUGAUAUUAAACUGAGGCAAAAACUUAUGCUUUCUUGAAUUAGAGAAAUGGAUUUAGCACUCUGUUAAGUGUGUUUGACAAAUUACAGCUAAUCUUGGGAUGCACCUCCGUUUUCGACAAUGCACACAUUUUUGUAGUGCUAUUGACUUUAUAUAAUGGCAAAUUGCGAACCUCACAACAUGAAGUAGUUGUGUACAUUUUAAGCUUUAUACCUUUACAGUACAGUACUUUUACAGUAUCUGCUGAUGUGCAUCAGUUCAACGGCUACAGGUUUCAUUCAUUUUAUGAAUAUAAUCAGUCUGUUUUCUUUGCAUUGAUGGGUUCUGACUUCUAAACUUGGAAAUAUGAAAUAUCCUUAUUCAUGUCACUGAGGGAGGGAAGGGAAUGCAGAACCUUUACAUUCUGUCAGAACAUGUUAUGGUUAGACAUCGGGUAUCCUAUGGAAAGGAGAAGGGCCACAGUCUGGUACAAGUCAACAAGACAGUUGGGGAGAAGUGAGGAAUUUGGGACAAAAUCAAGUCAGAUGAAGUGAGAAAGAACAGGAAUCACUGAAGUCUAGCAACGGUGAUCUAUUGAGUUUGAGUUUGAGUUUAUUUUUAUUUUUACAGGGACAGUGCACAUUAAUCAACAUUUCAGUAAAAGUGCCGGUUUUAGCCAACCGGCUAAUUUUCAACCGCAGUCCCUGGGCAGGUUAUUAAAAACAAUUACAAUAAUAUUGGCUGUCCAGAUGUGUAGGGAGGAGACUCGGCAUAGGAGGAGGGUUUAAAUACCAGUGUAAAUAUGUCUUUGUCUUUCAGCUGUUUGAACCAUUGGGUGAAUAAACUUGGUUUGAGCUUUA